AUGGACAGGGGGAGAGGUUACUCGAGCAACUCAAAAAUAUGUGUUCACGUUGCUACCCCGGGGACAUGCACGACUUUAAACCCCAAACCUCCAACCCACAUGCAAGCCGGAGGAUCCGCCCAGUGUGCGGAACUGGGAUCUUUCUCCCGUCAUCCGCCACGACGGCAAACGCAUGUCUCGUGGAGCUGUGGAUCAAGAUCGUCAGAAGCUCAGCUUUCUGCCAGCGAAGCUAUGCCAGGGAAGAAGCUUCCAAGCUCGACCUAUCACACACCCGUGCGAGUCACUCUGCUCGGAAGUGACGCAGCGGCGGGAACAUUGCACAAGCUCUAA